CCAAACUGUUCACACAGAGUUUGAGGCCAACUGGGCCGUAAUAGCAAGGUCUGAGAAGGCUUAGAUGAGCUGCUUUUAGAGCAUUAAACUGUUGGGUUUUGUCCCUUUAUUUCUUUGCCCUAUUUUCUUUAUCUCCCUGCUGCACAUAUCUAGGAUAUGUGUCUCCUGGACCUUGGCCUUGUGGGUAGCUGGCAAUUCAUCUUCAUUUUUUUCUCUUAACACACCCAGUGAGAAAAGAUGACAAGAGAGAGGUGUAAAUAUAUAAAAAGCUACUGAAGCUGCAGUGGGAAUUCAUUAGUCCAGACCACGAACGUGUGGAAACAAAUUCCCUUUCUCUCUGAAUCUUUUCUGUGAGCUACAGUCGAAGCUAAAGAGAGCUGAGCCUUUCCCUUGUGGUGUGCUGCUGAGGGUCCUGUACAAAGGUGAAUGUGCUGUAAGGAAUGCAGCAAAAGACAAGGGUCUUGCUAGGACUUGGCUCCACUAGGCCAGUGAGGUGCUCUGCUGGAACCAGUGUUUCCAUGGCAGGUGGAUUUCUUUUUGUAGAAAUAAACUUUGCAUAGUAAAUAGAGCACCACUGGUGAAGUUUGUUGUGGUCUGAGACCAGAAAUCAUAGGUAGUGAAAGAAAUCACAAAAAUCACCUCUCCUGCUUUCAAAGAGCAAUGGUCCUGUCCUUUCCCUAGGUCUAUGAUACAACUUCCUUGCUUCCUUCCUACAGAGAAAGACAUCUAUGGUGGAAAUGAAGGUUCUCCGUGUUCUAGACAAGAUAGGAGGUUUUGGUCUUACUCUUUAUGGGUAAACAAAUGCUUUGUUGCUUUCUCAAAGGGCAGAAUAACUCUUCCCCACCAAAGAGCUUGGCCAAACAACAGCUGCUGCAGUGUUCCCAGCAAGUACUGGGACUCUUCUGAACUGCCUAAGAAUGGCUUGAGGAGCCUUUGCCCUCUUUCCUGUCAUGUACUUCUCUGGUUCUAGUACAAGGAACUCUCUGUUCCAGCCCUGACUGACCAUAUGUCUUCUUGUUUCAGCCGUGUGCCGUCCCCUGCCAGUCACCUUUCACCGCGCCUUCGACAUGGUGCACGACCCUCUGGUGGCACUGGAGACGCUGAUUUCUCUGGGGUUUGAGCGGGUGUUGACGAGUGGCUGUGACAGCUCAGCACUGGAAGGAUUGUCCUUGAUUAAGAGGCUUGCAGAACAAGCAAAGGGCAGAAUUGUGGUGGUGCCAGGAGGUGGCAUCACGGAGCGCAACCUGCAGAGGAUUCUGGAAGGCUCCACUGCCUCUGAGUUUCACUGCUCUGCUCGCUCAGCCCGGGACUCAGGGAUGAAGUUCAGAAAUCCCAACGUUGCCAUGGGAGCGUCCUUCUCUGCCCCUGAGUACUCCGUAAAGGUGGCAGAUGUGGCCAAAGUGAGGACCCUGAACGCAAUUGCAAAGAACAUUCUGUAGUGGAAGGCACCGUGCUGGGACAAGGACGCUGAGACUCCAGGGUCUUCCCUGCCACAUGGACAGAUGGAUACUGCUUCCGUCCUCAGGCUGCAGAGGAUGUGCACUAGGUGAUGAAGCCUGACACCUCUUCCCUUGGCUUCCCCUGAAAGACCAGUCCCUGGCCUGGAAACUGAUGUUGGCUGUUUUAAAUAAAAGGACUCAUUCCCAGAUGUUGCAGCAACAAGCUGUUGGGCAGUAUUUGGGAGGAAGGGAGCUGAGCACGUAGGGGGACUGAAUUGUGUAGCACUGCAUGUGAUUGUCAAAUAAACACUGCAGCUGCCCCUCUCUU